AUGAGUCCUAUGCAGAAAACCUCUAACCGUGACACAGUCUUCCCAGGGAGCGGCGGCGAUUAUCUGGCGAACAUCCAAAGACCCAACAACUCUAAUCUCCCAGAGAGUCAGGUAGAGAGCUCUACUAGACACUCUCGCGCUCUUGUGAAGAGUACGACGAAGUCGGGUCUGCGCGACCUUUAUCUUCCGUUGAAAUACAAGACUCAACGAGUUAAUUGGAGAGAAGAUUCCCCUUGGUCAUUCUACGAAGGAGCUUACCGUAUUGAGCUGGGUGGUUCCGUCGCCGUUGUUCUCAGAUCAGACACAGGAGAGCAGUUCACCCUCAGCAGCGCCUCUAUCACCGAGGAACAGAUAAAACGCCUUUGCGAGCUGAAACAUAAAAAUUUAGUCCAGACUUAUGAGGUGUUUAGUUAUGAAGGUGUAUACUACACCGUAUCCAAUCACGAGGCCAUCUCUCUAAACCACUUUAUUGCGUGCGACAAAUCACUCAAUGAGGCACAGCUCGCCUCAAUAUUUGCUCAGUCCCUCGAAGGCAUCGCAUAUCUCGCUACUCACGGUCUUCGGCACUCUGAGAUCAUAUGCCCCAAUAUCCUGGUGUCGCUAGAAGGAGUUGUGAAAAUUGCAAAUCUUGAACUGUGCCAAAACGGCGCACGAGCUCCGGCAAAACAGGAUCUUGCUGCACUAGGUUCAGCCGUGAUGAGUGUCAUGAAUAAAAAACAUGUCGAAAAGGGGAAAUUUUCUAUAAUGAACCCAUCUCUUUGGUCGUCGGAGGCCAUAAGCUUUCUAUCUUUGACGAUGGAUAGCACAUACGAAGCGUUGUCAUCGCAUUCAUUUCUGGAUCUUGCCAAACCUCAAUACCUUCCGUGGAUCGUUUUGUAUGCGCUAAGGAAAGCUCACAAUGCCGUGGCGCCAAUUUAA